CAUCUCUCACUGUACUUGAUUCUUUCAUGACACAGGUCACUACUGAAAUCCAAGAAGGUGGACGAGUGUAUUGUAUCAGUGGAUAUUGGAAUCCUACAGCUCAAGAUUUGCUUGUAUUGAAUACAGAAACACCCAAAGAUACAAGGGUGUUCAUGACUGUAGCCAUUGACCUGGUGGUYGCUAAGGUGACAGAACCAGUACGCUUUAUCUAUGAAACCAAGGCCAGAAUCUUCCCACAAAACGACAGGUUUUGGAACAUCAACAAACCAAGAAUUCACGAUGUGUAUGUGAUGGAGYUGAAAAAAGAGGCUGUCAAUGAGGAUACUGGAGAAAAGGGUUAUGAAGUGAAGAGUAUUAUUAGUGAGAAUGAGAUGAUAGCAAGAGGACAGCUUGUAGAGCAACGAAUUCCAUUCAAUCAAUCACCUACAGACAAGAACCUUGAAGAUGAUGAUGAUGAAGAUGAUGAUGAACCACUGCUGUCAGGGUCAGGAAUGGUACAAAAGGAAUGUACUGAAGAAGAGCUUUGCAGCUGGUCUGAACUGCUCUCAAAGUGGAAAGAUGUCUCCGUUAAGCCUCGCCAACUUUACUCUCUGGUAAAAAAGGGAAUCCCUGAGCCAUUACGAGGUCAAGUAUGGCAGAUGAUGUCUGGUUUGCAGGAAGAUGAUGAUCUGCUUGACAGCUACAAGCAUUUACUGAAAAGGGAAUCCCCCACAGAGCAGGUGAUAGUAUGGGAUAUCAGGAGAACCUACCCUGCACACGACUACUUUAAAGACAACGGGGGACCAGGACAAGAAGCUCUUUACAAGAUAAGCAAGGCAUACUCUGUUUAUGAUGAGGAAGUUGGUUACUGUCAAGGGAUUUCCUUUUUCUCUGCUGUUUUACUUCUGCAUAUGCCUGAAGAGCAAGCCUUUGCUGUGCUUGUCAAGAUGAUGUCUGACUAUGGGUUGAGAGAGAUCUUCAGAAAUGAGUUCCAAUUGCUGCAUUUGAAGUUUUUUCAACUGGAGAGAAUGAUUGAGGAAUCAAUGUCAGACCURUUCAGUCAUUUUCAGCAUAAUGGCAUAGAGGCUCAUAUGUAUGCCUCGCAGUGGUUUCUGACGUUGUUCACAGCAAAGUUCCCUCUUUCGAUGGUUUUCUGGAUUAUUGACAUUGUGCUUUGCUUGGGGACUGAUUUUGUCUUUCAAAUGGCUGUGGCUUUACUCAAGGAUGCAAGGAAAGAGCUCCUUCAACUGGACUUUGAAGGAAUUCUCAAGUAUUUCAGGGUUACAAUGCCCAAGAAAUACAUGGAUGAAGAACGCUAUAAACAGCUGUUUGCUUCAGCACUUGGCAUCAAGGUAAAUGCUAAARUCUAUAUAGCAAGUAUGAAAGAAAGUUUUGAUACUGACAUUUUUUAA